UAGAAGAGAAAGAGAGCCCCUGAAUCAUCAGAUGAGGCCAAGAUGAGCCGGAGGGCCAAGCAAGGAGUCCGGGAGCAGCUGGACAACGUGCCAUCCUCCUUACUCCAAGACCAUGAAAACCAGCAAGUGUUUGAACUCCUGGGCAGGAAAUGCACGGCCAUGGUCACAACCGUAGUCCAGCUGUACUUGGCCUUGCCCCAGAGCACCAGAAUCUGGUCCAAGCAAGGAUGCGGAGUCCUGUGCUUCGUGAAGGAUAAUCCCAGGCGUUCAUAUUUCAUGCGCUUCUACGACCUGAAGGAGAGGAAGAUGAUUUGGGAACAGGAACUGUACAACCAACUUGUCUACUCUGCCACCACCUCUUACUUCCACACCUUCCCAGGAGAUGAGUGCCAGGUGGGGCUCAGCUUUGCCGACGAGGACGAGGCAUUUCACUUUCAGCAAACUGUGGAAGAGAAGAUCCAGAAGCGGAUCCAGAAGAUAGAAAAAAGAGAACUACCACCUCCACCACCUCCAGUCAACGAAGAAAGAAGAGUAGCCCUUCCUCGGAGCCCACCUUCUGGAAGUGACUUGAACGGGCCUGGGAGGCAACUGAACUCCUCGCCAUCGUUGGCUAUGACCCUGGCGACUGUGGACAUCCAGAAUCCAGAUAUCACCUUUUCUCGCUACCGAGGACUUCCUGUUCCCACUGCAGUGGAUAAAAAGAAAGGGAAAAAGAAGAUUUCGAAGGCCGACAUUGGAGCUCCCAGUGGGUUCAAGCAUAUCCAGCACAUUGGUUGGGAUCCAAACAGUGGAUUUGACGUUAAUAACUUGGACCCCGACUUGAAGACGCUGUUUUCCCAGGCAGGGAUCAGCGAAGCCCAGUUGACUGAUGUGGAGACUUCCAAGAUUAUCUAUGAUUUCAUCGAAGGCCAAGGAGGGCUGGAGGCCGUGAAGGAGGAGCUAAGAAGGCAAGGUCCGUCGCAUCCCCCACCUCCACCCCCAAAUCGGUCUGGUCCCCUGCCACCACCUGGACACUCCCGAACUCUGCCUCCUGUCCCAGGCCCACCACCUGGUGCUCCGCCCUUAUCAAACAGGGGUGCUGCCCUCCCACCCCUACAGCCCUCUCGGGGACCUCCCCACUCUCAGUGGGGACCUUCCCCACCAGGCCAUCACUCGGCUCGACCUCCGCCACCUACUUCUGGGUCAGCUCCACCUCCUCCCCCACCUCCUCCCCCACCUCCUCCCCCACCUCCCUUCAAGACCUCUGGACCAUGCCCCCCACCACCUCCCCUCCCGGCACCACUGGGUUCCGUGGGGACGCCACCUCCUCCUGCCGGCCCCUCAGACCGUGGUGCACUGCUGGAUCAAAUACGCCAAGGAAUACAACUCAACAAGACGCCUGAUGUGUUGGACUCUCCCCAACCCCCCGAACAAGGCUCCGAAGGGCUGGUGGGGGCUCUCAUGCACGUCAUGCAGAAGAGAUGCAAAGUCAUCCACUCCUCAGACGACGAUGAAGAUAAUGGAGUCGAUGAUGAUGAUGAUGAAUGGGAUGACUGAGAGUGUUCAGCACCCAAAGUACCUUUUCUGCCCACUGGCUGUUGUCUGAAUUGCUCUGGGCAUUUUACUUGUAUUGCUGCUUUGACAAUGGCAUCCCCAUACCUGUUCCUCUACCCCACCCAGCAAUCUGUGCAGACUUCUCUGAGAUCCAGUAGCUGGCGGCAGGGACUGGGUUUCUUUAGCCCAGGCACCGGAGGGCCAUUAUUUUCCAUUCUUCUCUCCAACAUCACCCAGACCAAAUCACAAUGCAUAUUCUCUUCGGCGCACCUGGAUGCUUUUCACAGUUUUAAAACUUGAGCCUGUAAUUCUAUCCUUUUCUCACCUUUGUUCUUGACAAUACCACGUAUAAUCCUCUGCUUCUAACUUUCUAAAGGUCAUAUUAUCUUUCACGCAACCCCCCACACCCCCUUUUCUUUCGUCUAGCCAUAUAAUUGUGAGGGGUUUUCUUAAGUGGUUCCCUUUUUGAGGCCAAUGUGCAGGUAGGAAUAAGACUGGAUGUAUAGCAAAGCCCUGCCACAGAAAGCAACAUGUGCUUUGUUAACUCAAGCAGAAAUGCUCACGGUCUGGAUUCUUUGCACCUUUUUUUAAAAAAACAUUUUCUCUCGCUUUCAUCAUGGGAAAAAAACAACCUCAAGCUUUAAAAUGAGGAUUACCUGUUUACCGUCAGACUCGGUUGAACACUUUGACUGUUCUGUGAUCUGACAGGAAAGAAGCCAGGGAAUCUUUCUGUUGCUUUUAGUUUGUGCAGUCACCGAGAAACGAGGGCUGCAAACGGAAGUAUUUUUAAUGUACCUACUGGAAAAAAUGUUCAAGUCAAAAUAAUAAUUUAGAAGAUGGCAAACUAUGAUGGAAGUACUGGAAUAUAGAGGGAAUGUAUAAUCAUUCAUCUAAAAAUCCCCUAUGCAUUUUGCCAACAGGCUUCUUCAGGGGAAUCUAUUAGUCUAUUAGUCUUUCAUUGUUUUAUUAGUCUUUUGUUGGACUUGCAGUAAAGCUAAAAAAUGUUGGAUGCAACUACAUUGAAAGAUCAAAAGAUCUUAAAGACGAAUAUGCAAAUGAAACUUUUAUUUGGGGACUCAUGGACAGACACCUUGAAAACAAAAACAUACGAUUUUAUUUUUAUAUAUGACAGCAGCUGCAAGAAUAUUACAUUCACAAAAAUGGAAAGUAUCCUUGAUACCUAGAACAGAAGGAUAGCUUAUGAAGUUGUUGGAGCUGGACAAAACAGCAAAACUCAUUUCUUUGAUUAGCGAAAAUAAGUUGUCUAAAUUCUUGGAUAAUUUGAAACCACUGAUAGAUUAUUAUUUUUUUGUAAAAAAAGAGUUCCAUUAAAAAGUUGAUGAUUUGUAGAUUUAAGGAAUGGAAGAUUUUAAAAAGAUAUAAUAGAGAAAAGUGAAAUCUAUUAGCAAUACUAAUUAAGAAUUGAUUUUAUAAAGGUAGUUAGAGAGCAAGUAGUAAUGUUUGUUAAUAGUCAGUACCGAUGAAAUUGGAAGCCCCUUCGUUACAUGUACUUUCUUCGUUGUUUUUUUUGUGUUUUAUUUGUAAGCUUUUCAAGUUUUCAUAAUAAAACUUUAGGAUAACAAGAGCACCA